AUAAAAUAGUCAUUAAACUAAUGAAAGUUAAUCAAAGUGUUGAAACUAAUGUAAAUAAAAACACUGUUUAUUCUGAGUAAGUUGCGGAAGAAUAGGAAAAUCAGUAAGAAAAGUCUUCUCUUAAAUAUAUUGUGUUAAUCUUAGCAUGCCUCUUAAUGUUUGGAAAUAAUUACUCUUUCGAUAAUCCCCAAGCUCUUCAGAGACAAUUGACCCAGGACUUGGAUAUCAGCAUCUCCAAAUAUAAUCUUUUGUAUACUGCUUUUUCAUUUCCGAAUAUAUUCCUAACUCUCAUCGGUGGAAUGAUUAUCGAUGUUUUAGGUAUAAGAGUCGCUAUAACGGGAUUCAGUGCGAUAGUAGUGAUUGCUUAGACCAUCAUAGCAUUCGGAGGUUUAUUUAAGAGUUUCUGGAUAAUGUUGGCAGGUAGAGUACUUUUUGGUAGUGCUUCCGAGAGUCUACUAAUAGCACAGACAGCCAUGAUUGGUAAAUGGUUUAGAGGGAAGGAAUUAUCGACAGCCAUUGGUUAUAUUAUGACCAUGCCAGAAAUAGCAUCAGCAGCCAAUUCCUUUGUCACACCCACAAUCUACGAUCAUUUUAAUGGCCUCACUUAUCCAUUAUUCUUCAGUGUUUUUUUAUGCUUUCUGUCAUUCAUUUGUGGAGUAGUUCUGUGUAUUUUGGAUAGAAACAACGAUAAAAAGUAGAAAGGGUUAUAGUUCGUUUAUAAAGAUAAUGCCAGUGAAAAGAGUGAAUAGGUUGAAAAGGUAUCCUUCAAAGAUAUCAAAAGUCUAAAUGGUACCUUUUGGAUCUUAAUUUUGAUAUGCACACUUGCAAUGGGAGCAUAUGUACCCUUCUUAGAUGAUGCUAAUGAUUUCCUUCAAGAAAAGUUCGAAUUCAGUUAUGUGUAAUCUGGGAGGAUCCUAACUUUGACAUAUCUAGCCGCUGCUAUUACUAGUCCAUUCUUAGGUCCAUAUGUGGAUAAGGUGGGCAAGAGACGAUUUUUCAUCUUAAUCACUUGUCUCUUUUUUUCUGCCACUCAUUUCCUCUUUGGUUUUAUGAAGUCAGGCUAUCAUGAUAAGCCUAAUUGGUUUUCAAUUAUUCCAUUGAUAACAUUGGGAAUGUCAUAUUCCCUAUAUUGUUGUGUUUUAAUACCAUCAGUGUAGUAUGUAGUCCAAUAAAGAGUCAUAGGAACUGCAUUUGGAAUUUUGGGGAUGUUUACUAGUACAUCUAUGGCCUUAUUCCCAAUUUUGGCUGGGUAUAUAGUUGAGGAAGCCACUUCUAAGGAGGAAGGAUAUUCAACUGUUGGAUUCUUCUAUUGUGGAGUGUCAAUAUUUGGGCUCAUCUUUACAAUCUCGCUUUACUUUUUUGACAAACAAAGUUCGAUUAUUUUAGAUUUUGUAAACCCUGAAAAUCCGACUAAGGAGGAAAAAGAAAUAAUGAAAAGCAUCAAAUAAGCAAACAAUGAGUAAUUAGGGGUUUUCGAAGACAUUGAUGAUGAUUUAUUGAAAAUUGAAGGGGAGGAAAAUGAUGAUGAUGAAAAUGUUAAAAAUGAUGGGUUUUGGGAGAAAAAUCAAAGGUAUCUUGUAUCAAGUAAGGGAUUUUCGACCCCUAAGUUGGCAGCUAAUAAAACAGUGCAUGAAAGAACUGGGUCACUGUAUUAUUGA